AUUUCCGAUCUACGUUUCCCCGCACGCACGCAUCACCUAGAGCAACCUCAAGCACCUUAAUUUCUUAGGUUUUCUUCUACCGAUUUCUUCAAUUUCUUCCUUGCUGAUUUUCCUAGCUCCACCGCUGUUCCGCCACUUCCGCCGCUGCAGUUAGGAUUCCCGUUUUUCUUCCCGUCGUCAUUCUUUCCCUUGUCAUCCGCCUUGCUAUUUCAACAUCACUUUCCUUGGAACGAGAUGGGCGGUCCUCACACCGUCCUAGCAUCGCCGCAUCCUCGUUAGGCAUAGGAAUAGGACGGUAGGGCAGCGGCGAACCACCCUAACAACCUCCCCUGUGGUUCGCUAGCUGUCCCACUUGGAUGCUCCCGUGGUCACCAUGUGACCUAAUUUCGUCAUCAUCUCUUGUCCGCGUUCUUCACUUGGGAUUGUGGCCUUCAUUACUGCUCCGCUACUCCCCUGCAAGUUCUUGAAGGUACGAAUACCAACAAGGUCCUUGCAAUGGUGAUGAUUAGUUUUUGGUAGCACCUUGGUGAGGAAAUCCGCGGGCUGCUCCUCUGUCCGCACGUGCACGAACUCGAAUGUCUUUUUCUGCAACAUCUCUCGCACCCAAUGAUACUUGACGUCCAUGUGUUUCGCCGGUCCGUGCCAGUUGUCGUUCCUCGCAAGGUCGAUGGCUGAUUGGCUGUCCGUUUUGAUUGUUGUAGGACCGUUGAUGGUGAUCCCCAUCUCUUGCAAUAGACGCCUCAGCCACACACCCUCUUGGCAUGCAUAAAAUAGCGCCAUAUAUUCAGCUUCUGCGCUUGAAAGGGCGAUGUCGGUCAGCUUCUUUGCUUGCCACAUGAUGGCCGUUCCUCCAAGAAGGUAGACGUAACCAUAGCCUCCCCUCCUCGUCUCUUUAUCCGAUGCAUGUGAGGCAUCGGCAUAACCAACAAGUUCUAGAGUUUCCUCUCCUCCCUCAAAUAGAAGUCCUUCUUCCUCUCGUUGCAAGAGGUAAGCAAUGGUCCGUUCCAUCUCCUUCCAUUUGCGUCCUUCGGGCUGCAACACAUUUUGCCCAAGGAAACUUGCUGCAUAUGCCAUAUCCACGCGUGUGCAGGAGACGGCAUACAUGAGGGAGCCGACCAUAGAUUGGUAAGCCUUGAGUGCCCGUUCCUUGCUGCCCCAUGUCUCAAUCUCUGCCUUCAC